AUGAAGAACUACUCAAACUUAAGUCGAUCCAUUGUUGUGCGGCUUUACCUUGGCAACAUACAGUUAGAAGUCUUUUUCAGGAAGAGGUCAGGCUGUCAGUACUGUAGCUGUUUUGGUUACGACCUGAAACCAUCUACAGGAUACAGCGAGAGGACUCUUCCCAUUCUUCUACCACAUCUUUGCGAUUGGCCGCGUACCGGAGAGCGCUUGGUUCUAGUACCUAGCACGAACGAUGAUACAUUAAUGGAAUGUCAGCGUUAUGUCUGUGUCAAUCUUACAGGGCUAUCAAUCAGAAUCGGACGGAGGAACGCGCCCCAAGAGGAGAGGGGGCCGAUCGCGAGGGGCUUACACUUGUCUAUGAUUCGCCAGCAACGGUCUCAGAGAUUUUCCUCUGCUCCUGUUUCAAGUGAAUUUCCUAAGCUGUACAGGUUCCUAGUCGGAUUAUUAUUUCCAAUUGAGUCAUCCCCCACGCUCAGAAUAGGCUUGUGUCAUGGAAUUACAACAAAACUCGACUACGAUCUUCACAGUGGCGCAUUACCUAUUGACUCUAAGAGAUCUGGAAUCAAGACUUGUGACUUGAAUGGCUGUCAACUAGAUCGCCAUAUGCAAGUCUCGUGCCUCGUUCCUGAAACCAAUCAUGAGCUACGCAAAUUCUAG